UCGAUGACUCCCUCGCUGCUAAGAAAAUGGAGCUCUCUCUCUGCACUGAGAGUCGGAGCUCGGAACUUCCGAUCAAACGCUGCGUUGGAGGCUCUCGUCAAAGCUUCGGAAGAAAAAGUCCCCAACGUAGUGCUCUACAACUACCCAUCCUUCUCUGGAGCCUUCGCGGCUCUCUUCGCCCACCUCUUCCACUCUCGCCUCAAUCUCCCUUGCCUUAUUCUGCCUUUCUCUUCCGUUGAGCCUUUCAGGGUUGAAGAUUUAUACGUUGAAGGGCUUGAGAGGUGCUAUCUGGUUGACUUUCUUGGUCCAAAAGGAUUUGCCAUGAAACUUGCUCGGCGUUCGUCAUGCGAGGUAAUAGGCUUUGAUCACCGAAAAUCAGUACUUGCGCAGAUUCCUUCAGCUGAAGAUCAUCCUGAUAACCUCAAAUUUCAUAUAGAUAUUGAGAAGAGUAGUUCUACUGCUGUAUAUGAAUACUUUUCUAAUAAGCUUGCAGAUAUCAGAUGUCCUGAUAGGGUGGUUGCAAGUUUGUUGGACCCAAAAGACCAAGAUCGUGUUAAAACAGUUCUUAGGUAUAUUGAGGAUGCAGAUCUUCGCCAAUGGAGCUUAGCUGAGAUCAGGGCAUUUAACAUUGGACUUGGUGAAUGGCGCUCAAAGUUGAACUGUAUCACUAAUCCAUACGUGUAUGAACAGUUGCUGGAAUUAAGUUCUGUGGAUUUAAUUGCUAAGGGAAAUUCUUAUAUUUCCUCUCGCCAGAAUGCUGCGAAACAAUUGCUGGAUAAUGUUUUCAAAGUUCGAUUGGGCAGGGGAUUUUAUGGGGAGUGUCUGGGAACUAGAGUGGAUGGAAAUUCUGAGUUGAGUGAUGAAAUUGCCAAGCAACUUAGUAUAAAAAGUGCUGCAGCUGGUCUAAGGCCUAUAGGAGCUGUUGUAUACAUGCAACGAUAUAACCUUAAAAUGUGCUUGAGGAGUACUGACAGUGCCACUGAUACCUCUGAAGUUGCUAAGGCAUAUGGCGGAGGAGGUUCCCCAAGUUCUAGCUCCUUUAUUAUAAGGAUGGAUGAGUAUAACCAGUGGCUUUCAGUGAAUUCGACAUGAGCAUGUCAAGGAAUAAUAGGUGCUUUGAGGAUUUGGAGGGGACUUGGGAAGACAUUCUAGUCUCUUGCUUUCAAACUCUGUAUCUUUGGACCGUUGCGCAUGUCUUUCCAGUUUUGAUUAGUUAUGAUGAUUUUCUUCUUCGUUUUUCUCCUUCUAG